CGCCAGUCUACUUCCUGGACAUUGUAAACAAUGUCAGUAUCAACAACUACUGGGUUAUUUUGUUUGAUUUAAAAUACUAUGCAAGCAUAUUCUACUGUGAUAGAUGUUCCAUAAAAGAGUUUGGCAGUAGUGAAAAGUAAAAUCAUGAAGGAGUUUUCAAAAUUUGACGAAGAUGACGAACAACCUGAAACACGUAAUGCCAAGAACAUAUUUGGCUUUGAAGCCAGCUCAAUGGACAGAACACGCUUAGCCUCUGGUAUUCGAUUGAGCCUGCUGCUUUUUCUCAUAGCAGUAUUUAUUGGUGGAUUAGCAAUUCUGGGAAUUGGAAUCUGGACUAGUGAAGGGGAAUAUGGAAGCAAACAGUUAUCUACCCUGAUUGGUGUGGCCUUGUAUCGAGUAGAUUCCUUCAUGCUGAUGAUUGGAGGAGGUGCCAUUAUGGGGCUCACUUUGAUUGGUCUUUGUGGGGUUCUCAUUCCCUACAAAUGUCUCUUGGGAUUGCAUCUUGGUAUCCUGUCGUUCAUGGCACUCAUGUUGUUUGUGGCGGGUGUGUUGGGUUACGUUUUAAUUGGGGAGCUGGAAGACAAGGUGAAAGAUACUCUGGAGUUACAUCUGAGUAAACACUACGGAGUACAUACCGACCAAAAUCAGUUCAAUCGGGUCAUUACCGAGUCCUGGGAUCACGUUCAAGAAACCUUCCACUGUUGUGGAGCCCAUGGAGAUGCUAAUUCAACAACAUCGUGGGCCCUGUACAGGGAGAAAAGCAACUGGUAUAAAUACAACAUAUCACAUGGUAAUUACGUCCCCAAGAGUUGCUGUGGGCCGAACAAUCGAGACCUGUGCACCGGCAGUGUAGACGUGAAGGACCAGCCACCACGUCACGGUCCACCGGUCCCGGGAAACAUAAACCUCCGCAACUACACUCUGUACACAGACGGAUGUUUUGAUAUACUAGAGAGCCAUCUGCGCAAUACUGGCAUUGUUAUUGGAACUGCAGCCAUUGUCGUGGGUGUCUUCAUGCUUGUGGAACUUGUUCUGUCGUUUUGCAUGUACCGCAAACUGCACUGAACACAAAAGUACAAAACAGAAUUUUCUCAGUGAUCUCUCUCCAACUGCUGUGGAUUCAAUCCUGGAAUAAUUUAAACUAUAUUGUCAGCGAGAAUACUUCUAUGCCAAAUGUAGUUUGUUUCAGCUAGAAUACGCUUCGCACAUGCAAUUUGUCUAGCUCUGGUUGGUAUGUUUUUAUUGUAAGACUUGCCAAAACUUUAAUUUAACCUGUCUCAUCAGGAAAAAUGCUUAUAAGUUGAUUUUAUGUCUGCAUUUACAUCAUUGCUUUUUAAGCCUGCAUAUGCAUGAGCAAGAAAAAAAUAAGUUUUAUUUAACUACGCUCUCAAUACAUUUUUAAUUAGGGUUGUAUGGUGUCGAGAACAAAACUAAUACUUACUGUGAGGAAGAGUCGCAUUUUCUGUCUUACUAGUCCAAAUCAGGAUUGUUGGAAUACGUUCUAGGCUAAUUUCUUUUCUUAAGCUCAAGAUUGUAUUGGAGAAAUGAUCGUGGCAUUUUUUUGCUGGCCUUACACAUCCGUCCAAUGAAAUCAUUAAAUAUGAAGUAGAUAAUAUUCACAAAUUUAAUACAAAUAUCUUUGGACUGAAUGCAUUACACCCUACACAUCCGUCCAAUGAAAUCAUUAAAUAUGAAGUAUAGAUAAUAUUCACAAAUUUAAUAUCAAUAUCUUUGUUUUAGUUGGACCAAACACGUUAUGAGGUCAGAACAUCUGUAGCCAUAUUCAAGUUUUAGUUAGCCAAUUAAGAUAUAACAAAACCGGCUCUUCAAAGAAUUAUAUACAUUUAUGAUUUUGAAUUCGCUUUUUGGCAAGUUGGAAAUGAAAUAUAUUUACCAUGCUCAACGUCUGUUCACAUUUGGCAACCAACAGUUUAAAUCCUGAAUAAACAUGACAUUAAUUAUAACAAAAUGAAAAUACAGUUUAUACAAAAUUCAUGUAUCCAAGGUCAUGAACAUGUGUUUUUUGCAUAAUUUACCAUUAUCAAGACCAUGUAACUUAGAAUCAUUCUGUGAAUUUUGCUUUAAGAUAUGAAAGGGUUUCUUGUGUAAAUGUUUAAAACCACUGAACUUGUUUGAUAGGUCAUGCAGUAUAUAAAUAUUACUAAAAAAAGACAAAAAUUAUAUUAUGUAAUGAAAUAUGUUUUAUUAUCUGAUAGGCUGUGAUAUUCAUUUAACAUCAUGAUUAUUUAUUUAUAUAUACUUAUAUAUACCAGACUGCUGUGUGUUGUGAAAUAACUAUGACAUUUUAUUUAGACAUUGUUUUGAAGAAAAGUAUUUAAUGCUUUUAAGCAAACAACAUUUUGCUCAUUUUAUUCUUUUAACUAACAGUGUAUUUUUUUAUUAUUCAUAUAAAAUUUAAUAUGUUGAAAGAGUGAAGGAGCAAAUUAGAGGUACGUCUGUGAUUAUAUGUGCUAUUAAUAGCCUGAUUACUUGUGCAUUAGCUGGUUUUGUUUUUUUCAGAGAUAAUGAUCAGAGGUUUGUUUAAUCUCUCUCUGUCUCUGUCUCUCUUUUAUAUUGAUACCAAUAUACCAGUUAGCACAAUUCAUGCAAUCUUUCCCUCCCAGUCAUAAUCCUGGAUCCAAGCCAUAUCUGUAUUAAAAUACAGUCUGGUACUGUUGAUAACAAUAAUUAGCUUAAAAUUAAAAAUUAUACUUAACACAAAAUACAGGUUUGUCAUCAUGACAUCCUGAAUUUUUAAUAUCAACAUGGUUUCUAUCAUUUCUGCUUUUAAGAUAUAUGGUGUGACCGUUCUUAAUUAAAAUAAAUUAAAUUAUGAAUUUAACAAGCUGUCCAGUGAUCCUACUUUUCCUCCUUUUUUCUACGUUUUGGUCUUUGUCCUAUUUUUCCUACUUUUUCUUCAAAAUACCUAGUUUUUCCCACUUUUUUGUUUCACAAUGCUGCGAAUAUUCCUUGUAUUAAUAUAAAAGUCAGCAUGCAGUUAUGAGAUUUAAAACAAAAAAUUUGGCAGCAAGUUAUAUCUCCCAAUUUCUGACAGCAUAUAAUCUCAACACAUUAAAAUUACACACUGAAAGCUAACAAUUUUCCCAAUGAUUAACUAUUAUAAUGUAUCACUUCCGAAUCUAUAAUACAUUAUGGAAAACUUAAAUUAAUCAUGUUAAGCUGAUUUAGUAUGCAUACAGUGUACAAUAAUUUGAAAUAACUGUAAAACAUGAUUAUUACAUAAGAUUCAUAUUAUUUUGGAUAUAAUAGAAAAUACAGGUACAAACUGACGACCACAUAAAUAUUUUUAGUGUUUUCUCAAUAAUACCACUUCUUAGGUUCAGCACAUUCAUUUUCCUAGUAUGAGCAUGAAUAAUGUUGCUUCGUACUGUUUCAGUAUUACUUUUGUCCUACAUUUUAUAUAUUUUCAUUCCUACUUUUUCAUAAGGGUGAUCUGGACAGCCCGAUUUAAAAAUAAUCUGUAAUAUGUAUUAUUACCUAUAUGUAUUGUGUGAGUGUAUUGUCUUUUGUAAAAUAAUUUUUGUGUGUGUGUCAUGUGCUCUGUCGAUGUAAGACAAAUUCCUUUUUGAAGCAAUAUAGCAUUGUAUCAUAUUGUAGAACAAAAGUAGGUAUAUACAUAAUUUAUAUAGAUAGAAUGGAUACAAUCAUUGUACCAAAAAAAGUGAAUAACAGUGUGUGGAUAUGUUUGACAUAUUUUAAAUUACAAUAACAGGUUUUAACUUAACUACAGAAAUUUCAACAAAAUGAACAUUUAAAACCUACAUACAUAUGUAUUUUAUAGAAUGGUAAACAUGUAAGACUAGACGUUAGAAAGUCUAAUUAUUGAAAAGGACAUUAUUGAGAAAGACAGGUGUGUUUUGCCUCCAAACACCCUUUAAAUGCCACUAUUAAAUAUAAUUUAACAAUAAA